GGCGACGACUGCUCUGACAGCGACGAGGAGAUCGACGAGACGAAUGAGAAGCAGCACGUGGCACCGCAGAGAUGGAGCGGAAUCUACGAUCGGCCGCGGGCCGACGACAAAAAGGGGUCGAUCAUGCUGCUGGUGACUCGUUUCGCGGCGACGGCGGGGGAAAAGCGCCGGGUGGCUAUCGAUCCGACUAGGCGGCCCCAGGUUGUGGAUCCUUCGUCCACGACCAAGGUGAAGCCCAACAGGUUCGCAGGCGUGGACCGCGGCAGCUUCCCGGGCAUGUCCAGCAGAGAGGCGGCCGACCACUUCAUAUCGUCGGGAGCGUCGGCGACGACGGCUACCAUCACGAGGGACUACCAGCGCGAGAACUCCGCCAUGAGGAAAGGUCGCCGACGCCACUUCGUGACUUGGGUUGCGAAGAUUGCGAGCAAGACCGUCGGCUACAUGUGGGCUCGGCGAAGCUUCGGAGGCUUCGCGGGAUCGACUUUUGCGCUGCGGCGUGCGCGCACCUACUUUAACGCGAUCGAGUGGAUCAAGUGGGACUACUCGAGCGCGAAGAAGACCAUCGACACGGUCGAGGGCUUCAAGGAGGAGUACGAGCACAUCCUGGAGCUGCACGAGUCGGGGGUGUUGGAGCCGCUGUACAUGUCAGUGGGUAUCAUGUUCGUGGUGGCGGCGCCUACGUUGCGGCAGCGGCUGUCGCCCUCGCCCGCCGAGUCCGUCAGCUCGUCGGCUGUCUCGACGCCCCGCGACGAGUGUGCCGUGACAUCCGACGAGGAGGGCGGGUCGAGCGAGUCCGAGUUGGCGAAGCAGCUGAUCGUGGUGGCGGACAGGCUCGCGGCGUUGGAGAUCAAGAGCUCACGUCCCCCUCUACCGCCUCCAGCUGCGCCACCUCCGACGAGGCCUGCCCCCUCUCCGUCAACGGGCUGGGGCGGGAACCUAGGGGGGGACUCGGGCGCGAACUACGACCAGAUGAUGUCCCAGCUGCUCGAGCGACUCGACAGGCGCGAGGAGAUCGUCCAGGCCGACAGCCAGGCAGCGACAGCAGGCACUCUUCCUCGAGCUCAGGAGGUGACGGCCAGGGAUCCCGAAGUCGAGGCGCCGGUGCGAGGUCUGGGCGACCCCUUCAAGGACAUGCGCGUCAUGGCGAAGGAGAAGUUGGAGGCCUUCAGCCCGACCGUGAGCCGGGCGAUCCCCGGGGGCAGCAAGACCCGUGUCGCUCCAGCCAUGGUGGCUCGCCUCUACAGGAACGGCGCGACCGCCGUGCCCACGAUCUGCGAGAUCAUCCGCCUCGAGCAGCUGGAGGGCAACCACGCGGCCGAAGAGAUGCU